CGACGGCGACAGCGACGGCCCCAGCCCCAGGCGCAGGCAGGACCGGCCAGCCCGCGAGCGAGACCGGACGCCCCCGCCCCCGGCUCGGCCUGAUCGGCGCCCCGCACCCUCCCCCGCCUCCUUCCUCCGCGCCUCGGGGCUACCCGGCGCUGCCGCCGUCCCCGCCGUCCCCGCCGCCGCCGCUGCUGCUGCUGCUGCCGCUGCUGCCGCUGUUGCCGCCGCGGCCGCCGCUGCAUCGGGAAUCAUGGCGCAAGUUGCAAUGUCUACAGUGUCAGUUGAUGACGAGGAAUCUUCAGAGAGCAGAAUGGUGGUCACGUUCCUCAUGUCUGCCCUUGAGUCAAUGUGUAAAGAACUUGCCAAAUCAAAGGCAGAAGUAGCCUGCAUUGCUGUGUAUGAGACAGAUGUUUUUGUUGUUGGCACUGAGCGAGGACGGGCUUUUGUCAACACCAGGAAAGAUUUUCAGAAGGAUUUUGUAAAAUAUUGUGUCGCAGAAGGUGAAAAGGCCGCAGAGCUUCACAAGAUGAGGGCCACAUCCCACCCGAAUAGGACGACUGUCGAUGCUGUUGAGAUUGAAACUCUCAGAAAAACAGUGGAGGACUAUUUCUGCUUUUGCUAUGGUAAAGCCUUAGGCAAGUCCACAGUGGUGCCUGUUCCGUAUGAGAAGAUGCUGAGGGACCAGUCUGCCGUGGUGGUGCAGGGCCUUCCUGAGGGAGUGGCUUUCAAGCAUCCAGAAAACUAUGAUGUCACCACUCUGAAGUGGAUUUUGGAGAACAAGGCUGGGAUUUCUUUCAUCAUCAAGAGACCUUUCCUGGAGCCAAAGAAGCAGCUGGGUGGUCGUGUAUCUGUCACUGACUCGGAACGCUCGAGAAUAUCAUCCCCAGGUGGAAGUUGUCCUAUCAAAGUGAAAACCGAGCCGACUGAAGAUUCUGGCAUUUCAUUGGAAAUGGCAGCUGUUACAGUUAAAGAGGAGUCAGAAGACCCUGAUUACUACCAAUACAACGUUCAAGCAGGCCCUUCUGAAACUGGUGGUGUUGAUGAAAAACUUCCUCUUUCGAAGUCUUUUCAAGGAAGCCAUCAUUCUUCGGAGGGCAAUGAAGGAACAGAGAUGGAAUUACCAGUGGAAGAUUCUACCCAGCAUGCCCCUUCAGAAACAAGUGAGGACCCUGAAGUUGAGGUGACUAUUGAAGAUGAUGACUAUUCACCACCCAGCAAGAAACCAAAGAACACUGAGCCAGUCAACGAGGCGGCCAAUGCUGGAAAAAGAAAAGUGAGGGAAUUCAAUUUCGAGAAAUGGAAUGCUCGAAUUACUGAUCUACGAAAACAGGUCGAAGAAUUGUUUGAAAGAAAAUACGCUCAAGCUAUAAAAGCCAAAGGCCCGGUGGCCAUCCCUUACCCCCUCUUCCAGUCUCAUGUUGAGGACCUGUACGUGGAAGGACUGCCUGAAGGGAUUCCUUUUCGAAGGCCCUCUACCUAUGGAAUUCCUCGUCUGGAGAGGAUAUUACUUGCAAAAGAGAGGAUUCGGUUUGUGAUUAAGAAGCAUGAACUUCUCAAUUCAACACGAGAAGACUUACAGCUAGAAAAACCAACUUCAGGAGUGAAAGAAGAAUGGUAUGCCAGGAUCACCAAAUUAAGAAAGAUGGUAGAUCAGUUGUUCUGCAAAAAAUUUGCUGAGGCCUUGGGAAGCACUGAAGCCAAGGCUGUGCCUUACCAGAAGUUUGAGGCACAUCCGAAUGAUCUGUAUGUGGAAGGGCUCCCAGAAAACAUUCCUUUUAGAAGCCCAUCCUGGUAUGGGAUCCCAAGGCUGGAAAAAAUCAUUCAAGUGGGCAACAGAAUUAAAUUUGUAAUCAAAAGACCAGAGCUGCUGACUCACAGCACCCCGGAAAUAACUCAGCCCCGAACCAAUACCCCAGUGAAAGAAGAUUGGAAUGUGCGAAUCACUAAACUACGGAAGCAGGUGGAAGAGAUUUUUAAUUUGAAAUUUGCUCAAGCUCUUGGACUUACUGAGGCUGUCAAGGUACCAUAUCCAGUCUUUGAAUCCAAUCCUGAGUUCCUCUAUGUGGAAGGCCUGCCAGAAGGAAUCCCCUUCCGAAGUCCCACCUGGUUUGGAAUUCCACGGCUCGAAAGGAUUGUCCGCGGAAGUAAUAAGAUCAAGUUUGUGGUUAAAAAGCCGGAGCUGGUUCUUUCCUACUUACCUCCUGGAAUGGCGAGUAAAGUCAACACUAAAGCCUUGCAGACCUCAAAGAGAGCCCGGAGCCCCGGCAGCAACUCCAAGGUGCCGGAGAUCGAGGUGACUGUGGAAGGUCCUAAUAAUAAGCCGCAAACUACAGCUGUUCGAACUCCUACCCAGACUAAUGGUUCCAAUACUCCCUUCAAACCUCGAGGGAGAGAAUUUUCAUUUGAGGCCUGGAAUGCUAAAAUUACAGACCUCAAACAGAAAGUUGAAAAUCUCUUUAAUGAAAAAUGUGGUGAGGCUCUUGGCCUUAAGCACCCUGUGAAGGUACCAUUUGCAUUGUUCGAAUCUUUCCCCGAAGAUUUUUACGUCGAAGGUUUACCAGAGGGUGUGCCAUUCCGACGACCAUCAACUUUCGGCAUUCCAAGACUGGAGAAGAUACUCAGAAAUAAAGCCAAGAUCAAGUUUAUCAUUAAAAAGCCUGAGAUGUUUGAAACUGCCAUUAAAGAAAGCACUUCCAAAAGCCCUCCAAGAGGCUCUGCAGUGUUCUCGGGCUUGAUGAAAUCUCCACAAUGUCACCCACAAAAAGGACCAAUCUGGAGGACCUCACCAUCUGUAGGGAAUCCCUCUUUGACUUCGGACUCUGCGCUGGAUCUCCUCCAUAACACUGGAAAAAUGAAUUCAGCCAAUGUCACUACCACAGCAGCAGGGGUGGAGGACCUCAACAUCAUUCAGGUGACAAUUCCAGAUGACGAGAGUGAAAGACUAUCAAAAGUGGAAAAGGCCCGGCAGCUGCGAGAGCAAGUGAAUGAUCUCUUUAGCCGCAAAUUUGGUGAAGCAAUUGGCAUGGGCUUUCCUGUGAAAGUCCCCUAUAGGAAAAUCACCAUCAAUCCUGGCUGUGUGGUCGUAGAUGGGAUGCCCCCUGGGGUGGCCUUCAAAGCCCCCAGCUAUCUGGAAAUCAGCUCCAUGAGAAGAAUCUUAGAUUCAGCAGAAUUUAUCAAAUUCACUGUCAUUAGACCUUUUCCAGGACUUGUCAUUAAUAACCAGUUGGUUGAUCAGACCGAAUCAGAAGGCCCAGUAAUACAAGAAUCAGCUGAUCCAAGCCAGUUGGAGGUUCCUGUGACAGAAGUAGAUAUAAAGGAAACGGAAGGAAGUUCUCAGAUCAAACAGGAACCAGACCCGACGUGGUAGACCUCUUCAUUCCUAGGCUUAAAAGUAUCAGUGGUUGAGAAGAGCUUGCCGGAACUGUUACAGCCGCAGCUGUGUAAUAUAAUUGUAUAACAGAAUUACCUUCUAUACAAACCUUUUUUUCUACUUUUAGAUAGAAAUGUCUACUUUUUCAGCAGUUCUGUGAAUUGAAUUAAAAGAGCAGAGUGACUGUA